ACCCUCUUUACUUCAAUAAAGGAUAUAUAAGCAGUGAUAUGGAUGAACGGUCUCCGUUAUUAACAGUAGAUGGUAGAACGCUACCUGCACAAGCAGGCGCCGAUAGGGUGACGACCACAGUUACGGACCAGCGAAUCGACACAGAAGUAAAAAAGGGACCAGCCAUUGAAGUCGCCGCCGGUCAAGUGCAAGUUCCAGAUACCGAUGAUUACAACUUUAGUUUUCGUAAGCUGUGGGCCUUCACUGGACCUGGGUUUCUGAUGUCUAUCGCCUAUUUAGACCCUGGGAACAUAGAAUCUGACCUGCAAACUGGAGCUAUCGCUAAGUACAAGUUACUUUGGGUCCUUAUGUGGUCGACAGUACUAGGACUGGUUCUACAACUGUUAGCGGCGCGUCUCGGCUGUGUUACAGGCUUGAAUCUCGCAGAUGUCUGCAGGCUGGAAUACUCAAAACUCCCGCGAUUCGCUCUCUGGAUGAUGAUGGAGAUAGCUAUUAUCGGAAGUGACAUCCAAGAGGUCAUCGGGUCGGCCAUUGCUAUAAACCUGUUGUCAGCUAACAGGAUCCCAAUCUGGGCGGGAGUGCUGAUCACCGGCGCGGACACCUUCACCUUUCUCUUCCUGGAAUCGGCCGGUCUGCGUAAGCUUGAGGCUUUGUUCGGCGCCCUCAUCACAGCCAUGGGCUUCUCCUUCCUCUACAUGUAUAUCACUGUAAAACCAAACGCUGGAGAUAUCUUAAUUGGUCUUUGGUUUCCAUGGUGUCAGGACUGUGACAAAGACGCUAUUCAGCAGUUGGUUGGAAUCGUCGGAGCUGUGAUCAUGCCACACAAUAUAUACCUUCAUAGUGCAUUAGUGCUGUCUCGCUCCAUUGACCGGACGAAUUCUAGGAAGGUAGGAGAAGCUAAUAAGUAUUACGCCAUCGAGUCAGCUAUCGCCCUCUUUGUCUCUUUCUUGAUAAAUUUAUUUGUGGUGGCCGUCUUCGCUGAAGCCUUCUCAGAUGCCAUGUACCACGACGCUAGCUUGAGAAAUGCUGGGGCGUGGAUAGCUGAGAAGUACGGCCUGUCGAUGAAGGUGAUCUGGGGAGUUGGAAUCCUAGCAGCUGGGCAGAGCUCUACGAUGACCGGCACCUACGCGGGGCAAUUCGUCAUGGAGGGAUUCAUACAAAUUCGCUGGGCGAGAUGGAAGCGAGUUUUGCUGACACGGUCUAUAGCAAUGAUUCCAACGAUAUGCGUAGCUUUGUUAGCCACAAAUCAGCUGGAUAUUCUGAACAACUGGCUAAAUGUACUACAGAGUGUACAGCUACCCUUCGCUCUUCUUCCUAUUCUACACUUCACCAACAGUCAGAGGAUCAUGGGCAGUUUUAAAAACGGCAGAACGCUGAAGACAGUGGUGUGGUUGCUAGCCGUUCUGGUGAUGGGAGUGAACCUAUACCUGGUCGUUCUCUAUGUGGACGUGAAACAGCCUUCGUAUGUUUAUGUCAUAGCAGCUCUGGCAGUGGCGUUGUACCUCUUCUUUGUGAUAUAUUUGGCCAUUGGGAUUCAAAACAUUAUAAAACUGAAGAUUUGGAUGAAGAAGAAGACGGGCAAGUCCGCGGACAAAUAUGAAGACAAGUUACUCAUAUAUCGUUCACGAAAGUACGCCAUUAAUGAAAAACCGGUCCCUGAUGAAAUCCCAAAGGAUUAGUCCUAUCUCUGAAAAGUACCAAAAAAGCUAUUUAUAAGAUGAU